GGAUCUUGGAAGCUCACGAAAGAAUCUUGUUCUUAUGCGGGUUUCAAAGUGAUCUCCAAUGAGGAGCAAAAGUUCUCGGCUAAGACUAGUCCUACCCCUCCAUCCUCCAAGCCUCCUAUUCGAAUCCUUCGACAAAGUGGCGGCUGCUUACUAGCAACGUCGCGUAGGGCUCAGACACAUCUCACAGCUUCCACGACAAGCUCUUGACGUACACUCAUUUGUACGGACUGCCAGAGUCCAUCGUCUUGCCUAUCAUGAGCGGCAUACUUCAUUAUGGCGUGCUAGCUUUAUCGCUGGCAGCUCGACUAUUACUUGCAGGUCUAGUCAUUUCCAUAUUGAAAGUGCUGUACAACAUCUCACCUUUCCAUCCUCUUGCAAAGUAUCCUGGACCUCUGCUAUGGCGAGCAUCUCGGUUCUUCGCAGCGUAUCACCACUCUACUGGAGACCUCUAUCAACAUAUUGCUGCCAUUCACGAGAAGUAUGGCCCAACUGUACGAAUUGCUCCCGAUGAGCUUGUCUUCACAGCUCCGGAAGCGUGGCCUGAGAUCUACAAUUCGCGUCCUCAGUUAGCCAAAACCCGCUUUCACUUCGGACAAGACGAAUCUGGAAAGAUCCCACAAAGCAUGAUAACCGCACCGGAUCUCGAGCACAUGCGAUUAAGAAGACUAGCAGGCCCUGCUUUUCUCAACGCAGGAGUGGCGGAGGUCGAGCCAACGAUGCAGCACUAUGCCGAGAUGCUCUGCUCUCAACUCAAAGACGCGAGCAAAGAUGGGUCUCAGAACAUGGUUGAAUGGUUUCUCUGGGUACUCAACGAUGUGAUCGGCCAACUUGCACUUGAUCAGGAAUUCGAGUGUCUCAAGAAGCGUCGCUUGCACGAAUGGCCUAGCUACCUCUUGCACAUUCUCAAAGUCGGAGCCAUCGUCAACCAAUUCAAGCGAUAUGGUAUGAAGAUGAGCAUGCUCAAGAUGAUCAUGCCCAAAGAGGCUGUCGCAAAGCAGGAAAAGUUCUUCGAUCAUGCCAAGAAAGCCGUGGAUGUCCGUCUCGCCCGCGAGGAUGAUGGAAGCUCUCCAGCCGAAUCUGGCAAGCGCCCAGAUAUCAUCGGACUUAUGCUUCGCGAGAUGAAGGGAGGAGACCGCCUGACCGAGAAGGAAAUCCUGGCCAAUUCUAUUUUGAUCGUCGGAGGAGGUGCCGAGACAACAGCAACGACGUUGACAGCGACUUUCUACCACGUAUGCAAAACUCCACGCGUAAUGCAGAAGCUCAAAGAGGAGAUUCGAGGCACUUUCGCGAGGAGCGAGGACAUCACGCUUAAAGCUACAGCAGACUUGCCAUAUCUCAAGGCCACGCUCGACGAGAAUCUGAGAAUCUUCCCUACUGCUAGUUACAUCACACCGCGAACGACACCGAAGGAAGGCCACGUCAUCGAUGGACAAUUCAUCCCCGGUGGCACCUAUGUUUCCAUGGGCCAGUGGUUCAUGGGCAGAUCAGAGCGCUUCUUUGACGAUGCGAUGGAGUUCCGGCCUGAAAGAUGGACGAAUUUGGAGGUGCAGAAGGCAUGUGGCAGGAGGGUCGAUGAAAUCUUGAAGCCAUUUAGCAUGGGUCCGAGGAAUUGCGUUGGAAAGCUGUUGGCAUUGGCAGAGGCCCGCUUGAUUCUGGCAAAGUUGAUCUGGCAUUUCGAUUUUGAGCUUGAUGGCGAUCAUGCGACUUGGGUUCAGGAUGCGCGGUUCUACGUGUUGUGGGAGCUGCAACCCCUCAGGCUUCGCAUUACCCCAGUUCAGUGAUCUGAAUGAGAGGCCGAACCGCCAUUGCUGGGAGUAUACAUUCUAACGUUGAACUGAAGUCAGCUACAGCUAUUUCUAAUCUCAGUCUUAGUCAGGCCGUCUCCCAGAAUUAACUAAUGCUCAGCCAACACGCGAC